AAAAAAUCCCCUCCAGUUAUUACGUUUACGUCUCCGACUUCACACUGUAGAAUUCGAGAAUUCUCUGCUCUUCCAUGGCGACGUCUUUCUUCUUAUCCAUCUUCAGCUUCUUCGUCGUCUUCUUCAGAAGAUUACGCUGUCUCCUUCGGUUUCGGAAGAGGACGGAGACGCAAAUGUUUCAGCAGCCUUCUGGUUUUCCCAACUCAGUUUCUCCUUCGCCGUCGCGAUCUGUGUGGAAGUACGACGUUUUCCUCAGUUUCAGAGGGGAAGAUGUCCGAAGAGGAUUCCUCAGCCAUCUCUACAGAGCUCUCACCGACAGUGGGAUCCACGUCUUCCGCGACGACAAGGCACUCCGGCGAGGGGAUUUCAUCGGCCCAGCUCUCUCCGAAGCCAUCGAAGAGUCACGAAUCGCCAUUGUUGUGCUCUCAGAGAGUUACCCGAACUCUCACUGGUGCUUACGAGAGCUUUUGCACAUCACCGACUGCGCCGAGAAGAAACGCCUCGAAUUGGUUCCGGUUUUCUACAACAUCGACGUGAAGAGGCAGAACCGGAGUUUCAACAGGGCCUUAGCCGAGCAUGAACUAAGGUUUGGUCUCGAGACUGUGGAGAGAUGGAGAAAGGCUUUGGCUCAAGUUGGGAGGAUUUCUGGAUGGGAUUCCAGGAACUGGAGAGAGGAAUCAGAUCUCAUCCAGGAGCUUGUUCAAGAUCUUUCCAACAGGUUAUUCUUGGUGUCACCAAGUGAAUCCGGCGAGUUUGUCGGGAUGAGUUCCCACAUGAGAAGGAUACAACCUCUGUUAAACUUGAACUCUGAAGAUGUCCGAAUGGUAGGAAUCUGGGGAAUGGGUGGCGUAGGUAAGACCACAGUUGCGAAGUUCAUCUUCGAAAUCCUCUCGAACAAGUUUCAAUGCUCUUGCUUGUUAGAGAACGUGAAAGGAAAGUUCAGACAACAUGGUCCUUCGCAAUUACGCGAGAAAAUUCUAUCGAAAAUCUUCAGAAGGAAGGACCUGAACAUAAGCGGCGAUGACAAUAGUAAUGGUGCCGUGAAGCGAUGGCUCCGGAACAGAAAGGUUCUCCUUGUUCUAGAUGAUGUCGACGACAUAGAACAACUACAAGAACUGGCUGGAAGUUCCGACUGGUUUGGACCAGGAAGCAGAAUCAUCAUAACCACUCGGGACAAACGUGUGUUAGAGCAGCAUGAUGUGGAACACAUAUACGAAGUUGAGCCCCUUGUGUCUGAUCAAGCACUUCAGCUCUUCAGCAACCAUGCAUUCAGACAACCUCGUCCGCACAAAGAUUUCAGAACGCUUGCCAUUGAUGUUGUUGAUCAACUCGGUGGUCUUCCGUUAGCUCUCAAACUCAUCGGUGCAUCUCUAUAUCGCCGUGACAUAUCGUAUUGGCAGGACAAAUUGGCUAUACUGAAGAAUAAUCUUGAUAACUCCAUCUCAAAGGUAUUGAGGGAGAGUUAUGAUGCAUUGGAUAAGCAAGAGAAAACGGUUUUUCUUCACGUUGCCUGCUGUUUCAAUGGCGAGGAUGUGGACAAGGUUAAAGAAGUGUUAGACCUUUUCAUAGUGUCUCCCGGACGUCAGCCUCUGCCUUGCACACCGGGCAUUGUGGCUUUGGUGGAGAAGUGUCUGAUCACUGUUUCGAACGAGAAGAGGAUACGGGUUCAUGAUCUACUCCAAGAUUUGGCAAGGGAUAUUAUUUGCAAAGAAAAACACCCGAGAAAACGUAGGAUUCUAUGGGAUUCUGACGAUAUCCGUUACUUGUUCUCUGAAAAUGCGGGGCCUGAAGCAAUCGAAGUCGAAAGCAUAUUUCUCAAGAUCACUGAAGAAGAGGAGCUUCAUAUACAUCCCGAGAUCUUUAAGAAGAUGUUCAAUCUCAAGUUGCUCAAGUUUUAUGGGGAUUCCGACAUCAAAAGGAACCAGAUAAGUAUGCCCUGUGAUCUAGACUACCUCCCUAGGCUGAGAUAUCUUCACUGGGAUGCUUACUGUCUGAAAUCGCUCCCCGCUCAAUUCUCUACCGUAUAUCUCGUCGAACUCAAUCUGACAAACAGUUCGGUUCAAACACUUUGGAAUGGAACUCAGGAACUUGGUAAUCUGAGGAGGAUGAAUCUCAAUGGAUGCAAGAACCUCGUCGAAAUCCCGGAUCUUUCAAAGGCUACGAAUCUGGAGAAGUUAAAGAUGUGUCACUGUCGAAGCUUGGUCGAGAUUCCUUCUUCCCUCGGCCAUCUCGCCAAACUCGUCCUACUCGAGCUUAGCUACUGCAAGAAGCUCAAGAAUCUCCCGAAAAACAUCAACUUGAGGUCCCUCAAAACCCUCCAUCUCGACGGAUGCUCUUCUAUAAACGAUUUCCCGUCGGGUCUAGAAGAUGUCGAGGACUUGUGGCUUGACCAGACAGCAAUUGAGGAAGUGCCACCGUCGGUCCAGAGCCUAUCACGGCUCGCGUCAUUGAGUAUGACAGGGUGUAAGAGACUGAAGAAUCUUCCGGACACCAUCAAGGACAUGGAUUCACUCUCAUGCCUCAGACUAGGUGACUGUCCGAACAUCACAUUGUUCCCAGAGGUCGGGAGUAACAUAGAGUCACUGGUCCUGAACAGAACAUCGAUAGAAGUACCUUCAACCGUAUUCGUUAGCUCGAGGCUUAUGUACCUUAACAUGGAAGGUUGCAAAAGGCUCAGGAACUUGCCACCUGCGUGGAGGAACCAGACGCAUCUAAAGUUCAUCUUUGUUCCUAAUAUCGGACAUUCGACGAGAUCGUCACGUUCGUAUACGUUAGAGCAACAGCAUGUCCUGUCUCGGUUGGGAAAGUUCAUCUUUCGGAGCUUGGAGAUUUAGGGGCCGAUUGGUCGCACCCUGCUAUCCACAAAUGGAACGGUUGCGGUUUCUGGCGGGUGAUAGCGGUUACGAAAGUGAAUGGUUAAAUAAACGCAAUCGCAACCAAAUUUUAAGAAUCAAAAUGCCGUUUUUUUUGUAUGUUUGGGUAACGAUUUCCAACGUUUUAAUUAAAAGACCAAAAUACCCUUUCUAAAAAUUUAAACAAAAAAACUAAAUCUCUCCAUUCUCUCUUUCUAGCGUCAUCUUUUCCAUAACUCAUUUCUCUUCUUCUAUCGAUUAGGGUUUUGUCUUCCCUGGAAUUCGCCGGAAACUCGUUAGACCUCAUCAUCCCUGUCGUCUCCAGGAUCAACCCAAGGACGAGAAGUAAAACCUCAAAGAACUCAGUGGAAAGCUCUUCCAAAACAUCUCCAGCGUCAGUUUUCGAUCUUAGAAUUUCGUCCAACACUCCGUUCUGUUUGUUUGUAAUUAUGUUCAUUUUGUCUAAAUAUUUUGGCCAUCUUUUUCUACUUCUGUCUGAAUUCUCCACCAAUUCCAGUUUCAGAGUUCAACCUUAACUUAAGUUCUUAGGCAGGAUCUUGUUCAUGGACUCA